CCUUCCUUGGAGGAAACCGUCCACACACAGCAGUGCUGGAAGUGAAACGGUGCUCUGCAGCACAGAGAGAGAGAGAGAGGGUGGGAAUAAAAGCCAAUGAAAUCAGUCUGUGCGUCAGUUUGCAGCUGAUCAUCACUCUUCAUCAGAGGGACAUUCUUUAAUUAAUCAUUCUCUUCUUUACUAUCCUUCUUGCACUUUUUUUUUGGAGAAGCGAGGACACUACCUUCAUUGAUUUCUGUUCAUCCUUUAUCUGAGCGGAAACUGAGCUCUCUGGAGAAAGAACAGGAUUUCACCCUGUAGAAAGCAAUCAAAGACUUUUCUCAUCUGUAGCUUCCUCUCAGUUGAGUUUGUGGAUGUAACUUUUGUUCACUUGCAGUUAUUUCUCUAAUGUCCUGGAUUUUGGUUCUCCUUGCUGAUGGUCCAAUUUUACUCUGUUCCUUGUCUGUCCGAUCUGUUGUUGAGCUGAAUAUUGGUUGAACUGGUUUGGACUUACCAGCUCGCACCAGGUGAAAUUGUGAGGAUGUCCGGCUGUGCCAGGCGCUGCAAACAUGGGUUAGUGAAGUUUGCUCUGUCUGUGAGCAAACUGGUGACGGGAACUCUCAUUAAAGAUAAGGUGGAUGAUGAUCUGGAGCUGUCUGUGGUGUGCCACCGUCCCGAGGGUUUGGAGAAGCUGGAGGCUCAGACAAACUUCAGCAAGAAAGAGCUGCAAGUGCUCUACAGAGGCUUUAAAAACGAGUGUCCCAGCGGUGUGGUCAACGAGGAGAUGUUCAAGCAGAUCUACUCGCAGUUCUUUCCUCACGGCGACGCCAGCACAUACGCGCAUUACCUGUUCAACGCCUUCGACUCUUCCCACAAUGGAUCCAUCAAAUUCGAGGACUUUGUAAGGGCUCUGUCCAUCUUGUUAAGAGGAACAACAACAGAGAAGUUACAGUGGACCUUCAACCUGUACGACAUUAACAGAGACGGUUACAUUAAUAAAGAGGAGAUGACUGAUAUAGUGAAAGCCAUAUAUGACAUGAUGGGCCGCUUCACGUAUCCCGCUCUGAAGACAGACACUACCAAACAACAUGUGGAUGCUUUCUUUCAGAAAAUGGACAAGAACAGAGAUGGAGUCGUCACUCUUGAUGAGUUUAUUCUCUCCUGUCAAGAGGAUGAAAACAUCAUGAGAUCUUUGCAGCUCUUUGAGAACGUGAUAUAGAGCUACAAGGAGAAAGAAACCAAUGAACUGUUGAAUCUGAU